UGUUACGAGUUGGCAACGUUGGUAAACAUUUCAUCUUCUGUCAAUUAUUAUUUUAAAGUGAUUCUUCUUCUGAUUUGUAAAGCCCUCUUGCCAUGAGGUAUACAAAAACAGCUUAAUUUUUGUACGAGCCGAAAAAAGCGAUGACAAUUGACAAUAUAAGAAAGAAGAGAAAGACAGGUUAAAAAUUUAUCACGUGUAGGUUAUGUUUUAAACAGACACAUUUUCAAAUAAAAAAUACAAAAUAGUGUUUAAAAAAUGUCUUCAGAAGAAAUGGAAGUUGCAGAAAGCAACGAAAGCGACGAUGAGGAAAUGAAUGAAAACAAAGAAACCUCAACAGAACCAUCUAAAGAAGUUUAUUUACCGAGUAAACCCUUAGACGAAGGUGAAGAACUUGUAUGUGAUAAAUCUGUGUAUGUAAUGUACCACCAAGCUACAACGAGUAGCCCUUGCCUUAGUUUCGAUACAAUUCAAGAUAAUUUAGGGAAUAAUAGAGAGAGCUUUCCACUAACGGCAUAUUUGGUUGCUGGUACACAAGCACCAGUAACUCAUACAAAUAAUGUGAUAGUUAUGAAACUUUCAAAUAUGCAUAAAACCGGUAAAGAAGACAAUGAAGAUGAAUCGGAUGAAGACAACGAAGAAGAGGAAGAUGAGGAAAAGAAACCAAAAAUGGCAGGUGCUUUAAUAAAACACCAGGGUACUGUAAACAGAAUUAGGAGUCUUAGAAUAGGGGAGACAGUUAUUGCGGCGUCUUGGAGUGAAUUAGGAAGAGUAAAUAUAUGGGACAUAACUAAGCAACUGCAGUCUGUAGAUAAUGAUUUGAAUUUAGCUACCUACAAUAAAGAACAGGCAAAUUCGGUGAAACCUAUAUUUACAUUUACAGGUCAUCAGAAAGAAGGAUUUGCCAUGGACUGGUGUCCCACUGUACCUGGGACGCUGGCAACUGGAGAUUGCAAGAGAGACAUACAUAUUUGGAAACCAAAUAAUAAUAUGGCUGGUUGGACAGUUGAUCAAAGACCACUAGUCGGCCAUACAGAUUCAGUAGAAGAUAUACAAUGGUCGCCUAAUGAAAAAAGCGUUUUAGCUUCAUGUUCAGUGGAUAAAAGCAUCAGGGUAUGGGACGUUAGAGCUCCGCCCAGUAAAGCUUGCAUGCUCUCAGCAGAUCAGGCGCAUGAAUCUGACGUUAAUGUUAUUAAUUGGAAUAAAAAUGAACCUUUUAUUGUCAGUGGUGGUGAUGAUGGUGUCCUGCAUAUAUGGGACUUGAGAAAAUUCAAAGAUAAAACUCCUUUAGCCACUUUCAAGCACCACACUGAACCUGUUGUCAGUAUAGAGUGGCACCCAACAGAUUCUGCAGUUUUUGCUUCUGCUGGUGCUGACAAUCAAAUUGCUUUAUGGGAUUUGUCUGUAGAAAAAGAUGCAGAACAGAGUAAUAAUGAAGUGGAGGGUUUGCCGCCACAGCUUUUAUUUAUCCAUCAAGGUCAAACUAAUGUUAAAGAACUCCAUUGGCAUCCACAGUUACCUGGUGUCAUUAUCAGCACAGCCGAAAGUGGUUUUAAUAUAUUUAGGACGAUAAGUGUUUAAAAAAUAAAUUUAAAAAGGGCUCUUUUAUUUUGUAUCAAAAAAUCUGGUUAUUUUGUUAGCCUCUACAGAUUCUUCAACAGUAUCUGAAUCCCAUGUGAUUAAAUUUAUGCUAUCAUUAUCACUAAGAACAGCCAUUUUUAUUAAAUGUCUUGCAGAUCACAUGGAAUACAGGCAUUGUUAAAGACUCAACUCCUCAUAUAUCCUAUUUUUCCAAAAAAAAAACUUUUAUUCCUUGUUAUAUUCCCAAAAUUCUAACUCAAAACCACAAAAGGUACCAUAUGUAUUUUUUAAUGAAAAAACUUUAAAAGAGAAA